AUGCAAGAAGGCAGAGCAAGCGAAAAAACAACAAUAAAAAAAGACGAAACAAUAUUCCUUUUCGAUGUAGAUGGGACUUUAAGCCCGUCAAGAGAAACCGCCACUAAAGAGAUGAAGGAGUUCUUGGGGGAGUUAAGGAACAAGGUAAAAAUAGGGUUUGUUGGAGGGUCUGAUCUCCCAAAGCAGCAGGAACAAUUAGGAGAAGACUGUUUGGAAAUAUUUGAUUACUGCUUCCCAGAGAACGGUCUGACAUUCAUAAAAAACGGAAAGGUGGUAUCAAAAGAGUCGUAUCUUAACUUUGUGGGGCAGGAGAAGCACAAUAAGCUAGUAAGAAGUGUUAUGAAGAUAUUCAGCGAAUUGCCAGAGAAGGAAGUUCCUGUUUUAUCAGGAAACUUCAUUGAAUUGAGGCACUCAAUGGUAAAUAUUUCGCCAGUCGGCCGUUCAUGCACGCGUGAGGAAAGAAAAGCGUUCAAAGAAUUGGACACAAAAAAUAAAACCAGAGAACGGGUGGUGAGCAUAUUAAAAGAGCAAUUUGAAGGAUUUUCCUUUUCAAUUGGAGGGGAAAUCUCUAUUGAUAUUUUCCCUAUUGGCUGGGAUAAGACGUAUGCUAUUAAGCACCUAGAAAGUGAAGGGAUUAAGCACAUUUUCUUCUUUGGGGAUAUGACUGAAAAAGGAGGAAAUGAUUUUGAAAUUUACUCGGACAAGAGAGUCACUGGAACAAAAGUUAUCUCACCAGAAGACACCAUGAAAAAGGUGGAAAGCAUACUAAACACACUAAUUAUUGAAUAA